UUCAUCCAUCCUACUGAAGUCAGUUGCUUAGGAAAAGCAUGAUGCGGAAAACUUCUUAGAGAACCAGCUCUGGAUCUUUUGUCUCUUGGAUUUCCAAGUGAAAAUAAUUACUGGAGAGCCUAGAGUUAUUACUGAUUCCAAUACAGUGAUUUUUCUCCCUCCUAUGAUUUCUAAAACUUCAGUAGUGUAACCUUUGAUUUCCAUAGCUUUCCAUGAAUUUUGCAAUGUCAACAGUGAAGUUUGAACUGGAUUAUCUUUCUUCUGAAGGCUUCAGACAUGAGCACGCUUCCAACUCAGAUCUUACUUUAACCUCUUUGACUGAACUCUCUGCUGAUUCUAGUCAAUUGGAACUUCAACACUCCACUGUUGUCCCCACUGGCUUGCAAAAAUGCUCAUCUCAUCGUGGGCUUGAGAACAGCGUGUGGGCUGCCAAUGGCAUGUAUAAUGAAGGUAUGAAUAUAAGCAAGAGUGAGAUAGCAAAAGAAACUUCAUUGAAACCAUCUCGGAGGUCCCUGCCAUGCCUGACCCAGGGCUACGCUUACUCCAAGAGCCUGAGCCAGUCCACCUCACUCUUCCAGGCGGCAGAGAGUGAGUCUCAGGCUCCCACGUCUAUGACCUCCAUCUCCCCUGACAAAGGAGAGCAGGUUAAUGCUGAGGAGGAUAAAAAAGACUCUGUACUCAAGUGCUCUUUUGCUGACCUCAGUGAUUUUUGCUUAGCCCUAGGAAAAGAUAAGGAUUACUUGGAUGAAUCAGAACAUGCUAAUUAUGACCGUUCUCGGCUCAUUAAAGAUUUUGUUCCCAAAGAUAAUUCUGAAUCCAGGAGAAGAUUGCCAAAGAAUGACAUGAAUUACAUAGCAUCCAGUGGACUUCUAUUUAAAGAUGGCAAAAAGCGGAUUGAUUACAUUCUGGUUUAUAGGAAGUCAAAUAUACAAUAUGACAAGAGAAACACAUUUGAAAAAAACCUGAGAGCAGAAGGCUUGAUGUUGGAAAAGGAGCCAGCUGUUGCAAACACUGAUAUCAUGUUUAUUAAAAUUCACAUUCCAUGGGACACGCUGUGCAAGUAUGCAGAGAGGCUGAAUAUCAGGAUGCCCUUCAGGAAAAAGUCCUAUUACACUGACCCGAGGAGCAAAUCAACGGGCAGUGUACACAAUUAUUUUAGAAGACUCAAAAAAUGGAUGUCUCAAAACCCAAUGGUUCUGGACAAGUCAGCGUUUCCAGAGCUGGAGGAGUCAGACUGCUACACCGGCCCCUUCAGCCGUGCAAGGAUUCACCACUUCAUAAUAAACAAUAAGGACACCUUCUUCAGCAACGCUACUCGAAGCAGGAUCGUUUAUCACAUGCUGCAGCACACCAAAUACGAGAAUGGAAUAUCAAAAGUGGGUAUCUGUAAACUGAUAAACAAUGGCUCCUAUAUAGCAGCUUUUCCCCCACAUGAGGGAGCCUACAAGAGCAGCCAUCCCAUCAAAACUCAUGGACCUCAGAAUAACAGGCAUCUAUUAUAUGAGCGCUGGGCACGAUGGGGAAUGUGGUACAAGCAUCAGCCCCUGGAUUUAAUUAGGCUGUAUUUUGGUGAGAAGAUUGGGCUGUACUUUGCUUGGCUGGGAUGGUAUACUGGAAUGCUGAUUCCUGCCGCACUGGUUGGCUUGUGUGUUUUCUUCUAUGGAAUAUUUACAAUGAAUGCAAGUCAAGUAAGCCAAGAAAUUUGCAAGGCUACCGAAGUCUUCAUGUGCCCUCUCUGUGACAAGAACUGCUCACUACAGAGACUCAAUGACAGCUGUAUCUAUGCCAAGGUGACAUACUUGUUCGAUAAUGGAGGAACUGUCUUCUUUGCUAUUUUUAUGGCAAUAUGGGCUACAGUCUUCCUGGAGUUUUGGAAAAGAAGAAGAAGUACACUGACGUAUACUUGGGAUCUCAUUGAAUGGGAAGAGGAGGAGGAAACGCUCCGUCCCCAGUUCGAAGCAAAGUACUACAAGAUGGAGAGAGUGAAUCCCAUCAGUGGAAAACCUGAGCCUCAUCAGCCUUCUUCAGACAAAGUCAGCCGUCUCCUUGUCUCUAUCUCAGGGAUAUUCUUCAUGAUCUCUUUGGUGAUCACUGCAGUGUUUGCAGUCGUGGUGUAUCGCCUGGUUGUCAUGGAGCAGUUUGCAUCAUUCAAGUGGAAUUUCAUCAAACAACACUGGCAGUUUGCAACCUCUGCAGCUGCUGUCUGUAUCAAUUUUGUAAUCAUCAUGGCCCUGAACCUUGCUUAUGAAAAAAUUGCUUACCUUCUCACUAAUUUAGAAUAUCCUCGAACAGAAUCGGAAUGGGAAAACAGUUUUGCCCUGAAGAUGUUCCUCUUCCAGUUUGUCAAUUUAAACAGUUCUAUCUUCUAUAUCGCUUUCUUUUUGGGGAGAUUUGUAGGCCACCCAGGAAAUUACAACAAACUCUUUAACCGGUGGAGACUGGAGGAAUGUCAUCCGAGUGGCUGCCUGAUAGACCUCUGCCUCCAGAUGGGAGUGAUCAUGUUUUUGAAGCAAAUAUGGAACAACUUCAUGGAGCUGGGAUACCCGUUGAUCCAGAACUGGUGGUCACGACAUAAAAUCAAGCGAGGAAUACAAGAUGCUUCUAUACCUCAGUGGGAAAAUGAUUGGAAUCUGCAGCCUAUGAAUAUUCAUGGACUGAUGGAUGAAUAUUUAGAAAUGGUUUUGCAGUUUGGUUUUACCACCAUAUUUGUUGCGGCUUUUCCUCUGGCCCCUCUUUUGGCUUUGUUAAACAAUAUCAUUGAAAUCAGGCUGGAUGCAUACAAAUUUGUCACCCAGUGGCGGAGGCCUCUGCCAGCCCGAGCAACUGACAUAGGUAUAUGGUAUGGAAUUCUUGAAGGGAUCGGUAUAUUGGCUGUGAUCACCAAUGCGUUUGUCAUUGCUAUUACAUCAGAUUACAUCCCCCGUUUUGUCUAUGAAUACAAAUAUGGCCCCUGUGCAAGACAUUUCGACUACGGUGAAAAUUGUUUAAAGGGAUAUGUCAACAACAGCCUCUCCUUUUUUGACCUGAGUGAGCUUGGUAUGGGAAAAUCAGGUUAUUGCAGAUACCGAGACUACAGAAGUCCCCCUUGGAGUUCCAAACCCUAUGAGUUCACCUUACAGUACUGGCACAUCCUCGCUGCUCGGUUGGCCUUCAUUAUCGUGUUCGAGCACCUUGUUUUUGGGAUCAAGUCAUUCAUCGCAUACCUGAUUCCAGAUGUACCAAAAAAACUGUAUGACCGAAUACGACGGGAGAAGUACUUAGUCCAAGAAAUGAUGUAUGAGGCUGAGCUAGAGCAUUUGCAACAACAACGGAGGAAAAGCGGUCAUCCCGUUCACCAUGAAUGGCCUUAGUAGAUACCUUUUGCCCAGUAGGAGGAGUAAUAGCAACUUCAAAGUCUAGGUGGAAUCCCAGAGGAAAGCAUUCCUGGCAAACCAUGUGUAUAAUAUUUUGCUUGGAAAUGCAUCACAGCCAGUUCUUGGAUUUAGAAUAUCCAAGCUUCUAGGCGGGCAAAAAGAUGACUUACAACAUUAAAAAAUGGUUAGGUUGACACAGCAGGAAGCUAGGAUAUAACACACAGGGAGUUGUAUGUUUGAAGGCCUUCCCGCCUUCCAUCAGCUGUAGCAUAGUAAGGAGGGUGAUAGUGAGGUUUCUAGAGAAAGAGUUCCAUGUAAAAUUUCAUAAACCAGGCAUGAUUUCAAGUAUAGUGUGGUUUUCACUCACAUUCUAAUCUGACUUUGGAACCUUAGGAUGAGUUACGAUACUCAUCAGAAAUAACUUAAAUGAGGGAUUGCCUUCGCUGCCAGAAAUCCAUGUCCCUACAGUUUACUGGUUCAUAAGAAUUUCCCUUGUUUCUUGCUGAGAUUACGGACCUGUGCCACAGGUCCAUGACUUUAUGCUGCUCUACAUUGACUAUGCAGUUGAAGAGCUGCACAUCAGUUUUAGUUGUCAAACCAAAAAUCUGAGAUUCUGAAAAGAAUACCAUUCACUAAAAUAACAGUCUAUUGCAUUCUAUUUAAAUCUGUUGUAUCACUCAUAGAACCAGUUGCACUGGAUUUUUUUUUUUUACUAAAUGCCAAUAGAGCCACAUGCUUAUACAGUAUGUGUGUUUAUACUCAUAUCAUUUAGAACACUACUAAUUCAUGUUUUGCCAUGGAAGUCUGUUUAUAAUAUAUUUAAUGUUCCCCUUGCUGAUUUAUUACAUCAACCCACUCAGAAUGAAGUGCUGUAAAUAUUUUGGUUUUCCUUGUACCUUUGCACCUUGACAAUAUGUAAUACAAGUUACAGUUUAUGCAGCUCUGAGACCACUUCCACCGUAUACCGUUGUGACUUGUUUUUUCAGGAAAACAGAAGCCAGAUGCUUUUCAACUCUUUUGCUUUUCUGGCAUUGUGCACUCUUGCUCAUGAGUGAAUGAAAACAAUGCAUGGAUAUAAAUUUCUAUUACUUGUAACAUUGACACAUUAUUUUUCCAUUUUACUUUUCUUUCAUUACUGAGGGGAGUUUUCUGUUAUUUCUUUGGCAGAUUGAUUUGAUUUAUUUUUGAAAACUCUCUAGAAACAAAGGCAAAUUAAGUGUGAAAGAUUUGCUUUUUUUGUGGAGUUGCUAUUUCGGUGUCAACUUUGUAUCUUUGAGUGUGACUGUUCACAGAUGGGUGAAGUGGGCAGAUGGGACAUUGAACUACAGAACAUCUGGUGAAGGCAUAAGCUAUGGGGGCAGCAAGAGAAGAAAGAGAAGAGUUGAAUUAAGGAAAUGUAUGAUAGAAAUCAAGAACCUUUUCCUUGCAGAACAGUCCAAGCUAAUCUCAGUUUUCUUCCCCUGAGAAUAAGGUGAGACAUAACCUACUCACCCAUUUACACAUAGAUGCGAUUAUUGUGAUUAUUAUUUGUCCAAUUAAACAAGGCAGUUAUUUCCAAAACUCAUUAAGAUCAAAUUAAACCCAAUAGUAAUAAAGCUACUUCAUGUAUAUGCUAGCUUUUCUCUAGUAAGAAAAUCAUCCAGUUUCUCUUACUCAAAAUUACUUUUAUAAGUCUAACACUAAUUUUUUUUAACUUUUCCUUCUUUCCUUCUAUGGAAAAGUUGUAGUCAUUGGUUGGCUCUUUGGUUUUAACAGAAAUAUUCACUUCCUUACUUGUUUUCUGGUUCUGAGCAAGAGGAAGGACUUCAUCCUCUAAAUGUCCAUCACAUGACCUUGCCACAUGGGACUCUCCCAUCAUAUUCCACAGAGGUUCUGUUUCUGCUGCCUGGGUAUCAGAGGAACCUACUUUACUAACUCUACAAUGAAGCUGUAAACCCCUCCAUUUUCAUAGCAUUUGCGUUCCCUCUUCUAUAUACACACACCUGAGAAUAAAUACUCUCUGUGCCUGCUGAGGAUGUAAAUGUCAGUCAGGUGCAUAACCUGUCACUUAUAUCUUCUCCAAAUAAGGGACACAGGAGCAAAGAAUCAUGACAGUGUGCACCUGAGAAUUCUUCUCUUUCUGAGUUAUUUUUUAUACACCCACCAUCAAGGUUUAAAAUUAAAUGGAUUGCCUACGGUGAAAAAUGUGAAAAUAAAAAAUUAUUUAAAAUUACAAAGUAUAAUACCUCAAUUUAGAAAAUUCCUUCUCUAAUGUUUUUGAAAAUGAUGGAAAAUGGGAGGAACAAUGAAAAAGCAUCUGAAAUUUUCCUCUUGGGAAACAAAGCAGUAGAAUUUAGCUAUGCCUUCAUCAUGGUUAACAACAAAAUAUUGACAGCCCUUCACAGUAUGUUACUUUUAGAUCACUCUGCUUUAGUUUAAAUGCUUUGUAUCAUGGUUUUCAAAUAAAUACAAAGUCUUUCUCAAAGAUUUAUAUAGCACACACUCUUCUCAGGAAUUCUGUAUUACAUGAAUGCUGCUUAUCUAUUUUCAUAUUCUAAACUGUUGUCUUUUCAAGCAAAUUAAUAUAUAUGUGCAUGUAGUCAACCUCGAGAAGUCGUUCAAAGCCGAAGCGCUUUCACAGUAUAGUGUGUGGGAAAUUGCCUGAGACUGUAACAGAAACAGUGUGUAAUUGUCUGAGUCUGUGCAUGCACUUUUAGAUCAAAUGCUGCUGAGUGACUGCAUGAGGUACAACUUCCAAUGCUGUACAUUCUUCCAGAACAACUCUUAGCACAAUCUGUGGUAGCACAAUUGUGGUAGAAUGAAAAGGAACUUUUU